AAUUCCAGUCAAAUCAUCAAUGAUUUCUACAAGAUUUCGUUGGAAACCAUGGACGAAAAUGAAGCUAAGAUUAUGGCUAGUGACUGGGUUCGCCGUUUAGAGGCRACCGUCUUGUCAAACGUUCAUGACAACAUAACACCAACAGAAGGCCACARCAUCGUCACCAAUCGAUUUAGACAUGAUAGAUCUACAACUCUUACUCAACCAAGCCCCAGGGAAAAAAUAUAYACUGAUUUAACCAAGGUCUCACCUACCAGUACCUUYAAUCAUCAAGAAUAUGGCAAUCCAAGCAAAUCCACUUUGAAAAAUUCGCACGUCAAGCMGAGAAACACUUCGAAUGAAACAAGAACAAAUYCKAGCACAAGUUCUCCGAGAUCAGCUCGUGUAAAUCUUGAMAUUCUUCGUAGAAAAAGGUUAGAACAUUUCGGAAACAAAGAUGGUUGUGCAUUAAGAAUUCCUGGSGAUAAAGAUCAUGAURUUUUGAUAAAUUCUGAAAGUGUGUCAKGCAGUUCAUUACCGCCGAGUAUGCUUCAAUGYGAAACAAWAUCGGACGAAUCUUCAUUCAGUAGCAGCAACAACUGGAAUUUCAAACCAUAUGACUGUAGUUUAARUUCAMAGAGAAGUGACGAUGAUGAUAAAUUAAGAUUAGAGUUGUGGGGUUUACGUGGAGCGGUUGAGUCAGGUCAGCUUGAUAUUAAGUCYUACAUUCGUCCUGCACUUUCUCCAGAUCUCACUCAAAAUACCAAAAAACAACCAUUAGUGGACGUGUCAGCGAAACCAUUUMAUGAACAAAGCUUUUCUUACCAGGAAAAUCUUUCAAAAACCUCACACAACAGAGACAACAAUUAUAACUUGACUUCUUUUUGUAACAAAAGUGAAGAUAAUAGCUUAGAGGACUCUAAUUUACCUCUGCUUGCAUCUAUGUUGUCAAUUGAAACUCCUCACUGGGGAGGGAGGCAUGAAGAUGCUGCACUUAAGGAGGAUUUUACACGUUUUAGUGUGUCAAAACAUCAGCCGUCCUCCCGUUUUGGCUGCCCAGCUCCUCAGAUAGAAGGGAAGUUGUAUAAUGGAUUUGAAACAUCAGAUUCGGAAAGCAGUGUGAACACACUGCAUCUGCGUAGCAAUAGUGUAACUAAGAGUAAAGGUGUAGUAGACAUAAACAAGGCAAGUAAGCCUUCAAAAUCUGGAAGAGGCAAGCAAAAGAUAUUGACUGAGCUGACAGAAUUUCUAGAUGCCGAACGAAAUAGUAAAAAAUUGAAUAAAAACAAAGAAAACAGCAUUGACAUGUGUGAGGAUAAGCGWAGUUCAUCAAGAAUGUCUUUCUCAGAUGAAUUACUUGAGCAGGAUUUGGUUUUACAAUCUUCAAGUCCAACCCCAGUACUUAAGAAUGGAAUAAGAAGUCGGUCCACAUCUCCUGAAGAUCACASAUACCUAUCGACUUCAGCACCAGCUAUGUACAAUGUGGGUCACAACUUCAUAAACCAAGAUGGUAAAAGUACUGAAGCAAGGCACUGUAAUGAUGAAUCAGUAGCAGACAAGCUUGAUAAACCUGAUUGUAGUACUACAGUCUUUGGAAAAGCUUGUCCAAGAUGCCAUGAAGUCAACAGCAAAGCAGCAAACUGGUGUAUUGAGUGUGGYACUGCACUGAUUAGUGUUGAACCUACUGUCUUAGAUCCAACACAGCUUGCACAAUAUGAACAGCAAUAUCAAGAAACAAAGAAGCUCAUCAAUGAAGCACUUGAGUAUAAAAGUGAUGAACAAAGCUAUUCAUCGCUACUGAGCAAGAAGGAGAGAGAGCUAAAGCAAGAUGUAAUUAAUCUAUCAAAAGAAGUUGAGAAAAACUCUGGUUUCAGCAACGAGUCACUUCAAAGCAACGUUACAAGCUACAAACGGCGYUGGYUAAAGUCAAGCUUAGCCUGGAGUACCUUUGAGCCUCAAGAGCUUUCAAAGCCACCAUCAAUAAACAAGGGAAGAGGCAGYGAAAAGAAAGAUGKGAGACAAAGCAAGGAGAAAUUCAUUGAUGGUACUUUAAGAAGUCGAUCUUCAACUGAUCUAGCUGUGAUUGAAAMUUGCAAAAAGAAAAAUAAAUCGAAAAAUGGGAUAAAACCGGGCAGRCGACAAAGAACCACAAGUGCAACAUAYCAUUCAGCUGAUGAUUAUGACACCWUYAAUCUGUCAAUCAACCUUGAACAGACCAAUAGGAAGAGUCCUAGAGGAUCAAAAUCAACCAAUCACAGUAGACCUUCUAGUGCUAAACAAAGUAAAGAAAAGAAGUCUAAAAAUAGACCUGGUAGUGCCAGGCCCCACCCCAAGUCACCCAGCCCAUUGCUACUUGAGGACAUGAAUGGCUCAUURCUUUCUAAGAAGUCUCCAGCUGGCUCAGUUAGCAUACCACAGCUAAAUUUGGAUGAUUUAGGAAGCUAUGACAGGAUUUUAACCCUAAUUCGUUCUCAGCGUGAUAGUGAACCUGUGCCAUACCUUUACCUACCUGAUGAGAUAAUACUAGAAAUCUUCUCCAGCUUGUCUAACAAGGAUCUUGUGGCCUGUGCCUGUGUCUGCUCGCAGUUCUAUCGGAUUGCAAUGGAUGAGACCCUUUGGAAAACUAUAGUUAUUCGCAAGAAUCGUAACAUUUGUGAUGCCUGGCUAGAGAGUAUUGGUGACAGACAUCCAUCAAGUUUGACMAUAUCUCAGUGUUCCAGUCACAAAGUGUCUUCUGAAGGGUUAAGAAGCUUGUUUAGAAAGUGCAGUGAAUCCUUGGAGGAGGUGGAUUUUAGUGGUUGCUCGGGUGGUGAGCUUAUCGGGGAGUCAAUAUUGCUGCAUAUAUCAGUGCGAUGUUUCAAUGUUGUAUCUGUAGACGUCAGCUGGACUAAUGUCAGUGACAAUGGCGUGCAGGAACUUGCAAAGAAUUUAAAAAGACUUGAAUGUCUUUGCCUCAAUGGCUGUCAAUCAAUAACAGAUAAAUCUUUGACUGYKGUUUCUAAAAGACAUGGUGAAAGUCUACGAAUAUUUGAAGUGUUUGGGUGYUUUAAYAUYACUCCAGCUGGUCUACURUUGUUUGGCAGUCARUGUCUUCAUCUCCAGACGUUAAACAUUGGACAGUGUCAUAAGAUGACAGACUCAGCAGUYGGGAAUCUUGUGUCUCAUUUACCAGAGAUUGAAAACUUAGAUUUGCGUGGCUGUAAACAGACCCGUGAUUCUGCAGUCAAGAAGAUAGUGCGACAUUGUCCUCAUCUGAAGUCCUUGGUAUUGGCUAACUGUCCUUUGAUUACUGAUGCAACUCUGACAGAAAUAUCAACCAACUUAGCUGGAAUCCAGUCUCUCGAUAUCUGUGGUUGUUCGUAUAUAACCGAUGCAGGUGUCCGUGCCUUAGCAAAAUGCUGUCACAAACUGCAACUACUCGAUCUCAGCUCUACUGGGACGGCAGUAACAAGCAAAAGUAUUGUUGCACUGAGUAACUACUGCAGUCAAAGUCUUCGUGUCCUGAAACUGAGUUUCUGUGCCGAUAUYUCUGUGAAUACUGUCAACCAAGUCGUGAAAAAUUGUAAAAAGCUAACACUGCUUCAUUUGUAUGGCUGCAAAAGAAUCAAAGAACUUGACAAAAUCAAGAAUAUCAACCAAAACCUUGUCAUUGAAAGAUGAUCAUCUCUGGUUGUCGUUUCCAUCCAUAUKUUCCACUUGAAUUUCUUCCUUUCUUCCGACAAUUCAUUUCAACUCACAUUUUAUUUAUUUUUCUACUUUUGUAGAGUUCUUUUAAUUUAUAUUUUAGAUUUGUUUUUCUCUUUUAUUUUGUUUUGUUGCUUUCAUGUACUUUCUAUUCAUUUCUUAAUUCGUUUUGUUUCGUUUCUUUUAUUUAAGAUUAUUAUCUGUUUGUUUGUUUGWUUUUAUUUUCCGUUUUAGUUUUUUCCUUUUUCCUCCCGCAGCUAUCGAAACACUUCUUCUGAAAUAUACUUUAUAUUCGUAUUGAAUUCAUAUGGUAUUAAAUACUGAUAAGAGAUCGCUUUCAUAAGGUGGUCGGUAGAAAGAUUGUUUAAUAUUAAGGAAACUCUACAAAGAACGCAGGGCGACAAAUAGAGGUCGCCCCUGUUUUUUUUUUUUUUUUUUAUGGUCAAGCAAGCGCUGAGAGACGAAGAAAGCUUUAAACACUCAUUUGAGAAUUAAUGGAGACGCUCUUGAUGAAUGAAGCAGAAUAAUAAAUAAAGAAGACCGUCUGUUCUGCUCUAUUUCUCCCUCUCCGCUUCUUUGACUAAUGAAAAUCUUCAAAGAGGGUUAGAUCAACAAACUCGUAAAUGAAUAAGACGCGAAAAGUUAUAUUAACUUCUUAACUCAAGUAAAUCUAUAACAAAAAAUUCGCUUGAAUUGUUUUUCUUCUACUAUUGAAAACAGAAAUCCAUUUUAAUAAUACCUGGCUGAGGAACGCAAUCGGCUGGAUAUAAGUACUUUUUCCUGGUGACUGGAAUCAGAGAUUUACUAGUUUGUCAAACUAAAUAAAAAUAUAUAUUUUAAGAAAUACUGAGAA